GCGCAGCGGCAGGUGUCGUGUGUCGUCAUCAAACACAGUGCUUAGUUACUCUAAAGAUUUACAGACAAACAUCAGCUCUGAAACUAAACCCGCGCGCCGAGACUGGCUGUAUCGCGUCAGAUGCAGUGAAACGGCUCGACUUCAUUCACACGGUUGCUACUUUAAACAAAUGAACGCAAAGUGAAAAGAUGGGCGGAAAAAAACGAGAGGAAGAAGAGCAAAACAACUCGGAGUAUGGAGCCCCGGUCCAGUACGACGCCACGUUCAGCGGCCCCAUCCACAACAGGAGCUGUACUGACAUCAUAUGCUGUGUUCUGUUCAUGCUGGUCGUCGUCGGGUACAUGGUGGUGGGCAUUCUGGCCUGGCUGUACGGAGACCCUCGUCACGUGCUUUAUCCCAGAAACUCCACGGGAAUGUUCUGCGGGAUCGGACAGAACAAGGAUAAACCCAGCGUCUUGUAUUUCGACAUCCUCAAGUGCGCCACCGCGACCAACAUCAUGGCGGCGGCUCUGCAGGGUCUCCAGUGUCCCACCACACAGGUGUGUGUGAAGUCGUGUCCGUCAGAGUUCUGGGCUCUGUCUCCUCUCGCCUACCUUCCGAACGCAAAACCAGCCGAUUACUUCAGACAGGAGUUCUGUGUCCCUUCCUUCCAGCUGAAAAACACUAAUUUAUCAGCUAUGGAGAUCAUAAAUAAAGAGUUGUGUCCCUAUUUCUUCACACCGACGUCCUCUGUGUUGGGACGGUGUUUGCCCAGUUUAGGAGGAGAUGCGUUUAAUCCCAGUAACAUUCCUACAAACUUCAGUCUGAAUGGAAUGGAUAAAAACCAGUCUGUGGCAGCACUCGUCAAUGCGACCGGUGACAUCACCAACGGCUUCAACAUCAAAGACGUCGGGUUGCGGAUCUUCGAGGACUUCGCCAAGUCGUGGCAGUGGAUCGUAGCUGGUCUGGUGAUUGCGAUGGUGGUCAGUGUCCUGUUCCUCCUGCUGUUGCGCUUCACCGCACCCAUCCUGAUCUGGAUCCUCAUCGUCGGCGUUCUGGCGGUCGGAGCCUUCGGGAUCUGGUACUGUUAUAAUGAGUACAUGUCUCUGGCCGGCUCCAGCACCACCUUCAGUAACGUGGGCUUCACCACCAAUGUGCAGGUGUAUCUGCAGGUGCGGGACACCUGGCUGGCCUUCUGUGAGUCUUUACACACUUCUACACACUUCUACACAAACAAGAGAAAUCAAAGCAAUGAUGGUUUCAAAAAUGUUAGUGAAAUACUGAAACUUCAUCUCUUUUCAUUUUAA